AUGCGGCGAGUUCUUCAUCAUGCCGUACUCGCGCUGUGCGCGCUCGCGUGCGCCGCGUCCGAAGCAUCCGGCGCACGCGACCUCGACGACGAAACGACCUCGGCACCCGUGAAAAUCUUCGUCGUGAGCGUCCUCGACGAUCCAGUUGGCCAGGCGAGACUCGCCAGACUUCGCUCGUCCCUCUCGAGCGUGGCAUUCGAGGUCGUACCCGCCGUGGACGUCAGGAAGACGCCCGAGCGCGAGCUGAGAGACAUCCGAAGACGCGUGGACGGCCGACGCUUCGAGGAAAUCAAUCGACGACGAGUCUCGCUCGCGGAAGUUGGAUGCUCGCUGUCGCACCUACGCGCGUAUGAAACGAUGCUCGAAUCGAAUCACGAUGCCGCGAUCUUCCUGGAAGACGACGCGAUUCCGAUGAACGGCGCCUUGGAUGAUUUCACGGCAUGGUACGAAACCCUACCUAAGGACUGGGCGGUCGUGCGUUUGGACCACCGCGCGCGGCACUGGGCCUGUCACUCACCCGGCGCCGGUGAAGCGUGCGAGAACGCACUGAAACCUGUCGUCGUCGACCCGUCGUCGCCGCGGGCGCACGCGCGGUCGUUCUCGUACGUGAACGAUACGUCCAUGUCGCAAAUUUACGGAUCGUACGCUUACCUCGCGAGCAGAGAGACGGUCGAACAUUGGCUUUGGCACGCGUACCCAGUCGCGGUCACGUCCGACCGUCUCAUACAGAGGACUCCGCCGGGGAAAAAGCAGCUGCUCGUUCACCCGCCACCUUUCGGUCACGACGACGAGCAAAAAGACGAGGAUUCGAUGAUGUGGGACCGGAUGGCGACGUUCAUGAGUGGAGAGGGCGGCGAGGUCGAUAACCUCGCUGGCAGGCAUCUUAUAUGCGGCGUCGACGUCAAGACGGGUGCGGGGGGCACGUUUAAGUUCAGGGUGUCAUCCUCCGAAGACGUGAUCGAAAAGGUGCUGGCAUUCGGGAGAGAACACGGUAUCCAAGAAAGCGAGUUAGAGAGAAUUCUAUUGCCUGAAGUGGCGCCGAUGACGGGAAAGAUAGCGACAUAG